AUGACCAAACCGCUGCUAGACGCGAGCUUCCUGUGGGACAUGGAGGAGGUGGGACUACAGACCUCCUCCACUCCCUUCUCCGUGAAAGACAUUUUAAAGUUAGAACAACAACAACAACAACAACAGCAGCAGCAGCAGCAGCACGAGACCCAGCUGCAGAGAUGUUUCCCUGCGUGCGCGCUCCCGUCUGUCGCGCUGCAGGGGACGCUUCCUCACGACGUGGACGCGCCCGAGGACAACCUGGCCUACCUAAGCGCGCUCACGAGGGGUCACGGGGGCGAGCAGGAGCAGCGGGAUCUGUUCACGUCUCCAUCAUCAUCAUCAUCAGCAGCAGCAGCAGCAGCAGCAGCAGCAGGGAGAGAGGAGGAGGCGAGAGGGGACAUGGACGAGCUCGACCCUGGUGAGUGA